UUCUCAGCCAGCGUUUUCAAUAAAUCACUUAGUCAGGCCUUAGUUUGACUGCCCGUUUCUUCACAGUCAUUCACAACCUGCACCUGAUCCAAUCGUGUUGCUUUUAAAUCAUCGCAACAAAGCCGUUCUUUCUCCUCCCAACCCUCUCCCUCUCUCUCACACAUUCUCUUUCACCACCACAACAAGGACGCUAAAGAGCCCCUCCACUAGCUCAAACUGACCGAACAACCAUCACCGAUCACCUUCCGUCCCCCCACCAGUUCAAUCAUCACCAAAACUUCCAUCUAUCCAUCUCGAACUGCCUAGGAAACUUCUCUCUCUCAGAUCCCGCCGCUUACAACUCUAUUUCCAUAAUUGGUACACUUGGCAGAUCGACAGGGCCCAAAGUCCAAAGAUCCCCAGUAUAGUACCAUUAAGGUCCUUGGCAGUCAACUAGUCGAUACCGACCCUAAGGCCAACCACCCCCGGCACGUCACGCACGCCCUUGUCUCCAUACCUACACCGCUGUGGUACCUAGGUCAACCCCCGACCGACCGAAUACCCUUGGAGGAUUACAUCACGGAUCGAAUCAAAAGGGGUCCGCAUUCCGUCUCUGUCUAGUUGGAAAGCUGUCAAGUUUAAAGUACUUUGGCUUCAUCUAGUCAACCUUUCCCGGAACCAUCCUCUCUCUACAUCCCCCUCCAAACACUACCGCCAACAAUAACUCCUACAACUAGUUAUUAUUAUCAUCAUCAUCAUCACCACCAACCGUAACCGUCAUCAUCAUGGCUACCUCCCUCGAGUCCUCCGUCCAGUACGAGCGCGACCUCCGCAGCUCCCACAAGGAAUGGAAGCGCAGCAAGGACUCAUCUACAAAGUGGGCCUCGGGCACUCGCGAACUCCCCGGCGUCAAGAAGAACUGGAUGACGGGUGAGCUGCUUGGCAGUGGGCACCCCAACCAGCUGAUCAAGUCGCGACCAGCGAGGAAAGUACGGGAUUCUAGCUGCGAUUACCCCAAACAGUCCUCCCGCAACCUCUACAAGCUCCGCCACGGCGGUGGUGCUGGCCGCUCCAACAACAUUGGCUACCACUCCAUCAACUUCCCCAAGCUCUUUGCGCACAAGGACAUCCGCUACGAUGACCGCGAGGACUACUCCGCCGCCCCAAACCCCCCAUCACCAUCUCUCCUCCCCAAAAACCUCUUCUCGUCAGUAACAGCAGCAGAGGAUAACUUCCUCUACUCGUUCGACCAAGACUCCACACCCGGGUUCAGCCGGACCCCUUUGACUUUGGAAAAUUUUGUCAAGACGGAUGACCGCAAGACGGAGAAGUUUGUCGAGAAGGAGUACGAGAUUCUGGAUGCGAAUGGAGAGGCGUUGAAGGGGCGGAAGGCGAAGAGAAGGGGUUUGAGGGGCGGUGCUGCUGCGGGAAGCUCGCAGCAGGAGGAUGAGGAUAGAGUGGAAGAGGAUGACGGGUUUGAGCUGAUUUGAUGUUGUCAAACAUCUUGAAAGGCAACCCAGUCCUCCCUUCUUCAUCUGCUUUUCCCUGCAUGCUUCCCUUCUUCCCUUUUUGGCAUUUGCCUCCUUCUCUUCUUCAUCCAUCCCUGGCGAGGUUUUUGCUCUUACAUUACACACCUAUUUCGCUCAAAUCAGCCGGCGUGUUCUUUUCUUACAAUUGUUUUAAACAAGGGUGGUGGCAACACCUACCUCACAACAUAACUACAUAACAUGGCGGGCGCAAUCAUGGGGUGGGGUUUUUCGGAAUUGGCGGAUGGACGGACGGAUAGGAUGAUUGAUGGGUUUGCUUGGCUUUUGGCUUUUGGCUUCAAUCAGCAAACGAACAUAUGAUCGUUAGAAAUCAUGAAUGAGGUUGACGGAUACCUCCUGCAGACAGACACACACUGCAAGAUAAAUACCCCAAAUAACAAAUAAACAGUAUUAAUAGUAGUCGGGCUUGAAUGCAGGCAAGUUUUGAUGAAGUUGACUUCUGUUUAUUCUUUGUAAAGUUUGCC